CGUUACCCAGUCUGUCUACUUUAAUGUAAUGUUUAACUGGAUAAAUAACGGAAGCUGUUGGAUAAAAAUUAUUUCACUUCUGAGAUGUGAUCCUUUGUUUUGGUGCUAAAACUGUAAAGAAAGAAGAGAUUCAUUCUUUAAGAUCUCAGAGACGUGCUGCCCUCGGAGUGGGAUGGACUUUAUCUUUGGACUUGGAAGCAUACAUUGCUACAGAAUGGGACCAUGAGCUGAAGCUCCGCCUCUCUCUACUAUUCCGCGAUGAACGACAAGCUGCUCUUCCUUGGCCUGCUGUACUUUGUGCAGGGCAUCCCGUAUGGCUUGCAGUCCUCACUACUUCCAGUCUAUCUUCGUGGCACUGGCCAGUCACUCACCCGCAUCUCCCUCACCAAGGUACUUUACUUCCCCUGGGUGCUCAAAGUGCUGUGGGCGCCCCUAGUGGAUCGUGCAGGUAGCAAGCGACGCUGGUUGGUAUCGACGGUUGGUGGAUUGGCGCUUGUGUGUCUGGCGGGCGCAACGUUGUCACCUGAGCUACAGCAGGGUGGUGUGGCGGCUGUGCUGCUGGCAAUGAAUGCAUUGGUGUCGGUGCAGGACGUGGCAGUGGAUGGUGCAGCUGUGAGGCUUCUCCGUGGUGCCGCUGAGCUCGGCCUGGGCAACACGGCACAGGUGGUGGGCUACAAAGCAGGCUCAGUGUUUGCUGGAGGUGGCCUGCUAGCCGUUAUUGAUGUAGUGGGAUGGGCGUGGACAUUUACAUUGCUGUCUUGUGUAUACGGAGGAGUGGCGUUGUUUGUAUGCGGUGUGAAUGUACUGGACGGUGAAGCAGGGCGGGCCCCAGGAGAGGCGAGAAGGGCCACGAGGGACACAGCAAGACCGUGGACUAUUUGGAGGAAGCUGAUGGAUGUGCCAGGGACGCCAUGGACCAUUCUGUACGUGCUUACUUAUAAGCUAGGUGAACAGGGUGCCAUCACGAUGUUCCCCCUCUUUCUCUUGGAUCAUCAUAUGACUGCGCGAGAGCUCGGCCUGUGGAACGGCGUGAUCGCCAUGGCCUUCUCUAUUUGUGGCUCCUCUCUCGGAGGCUUCUUACUCUCAAAGUACAGUAUCAGCACGUUGAUGAGGCGUGUGUUUGUGGUACGGACCAUCGGCAUGGUGUUCCAGUGCUCGCUACUCACUGUACUCGAGCCCUCUCCUCUAAUGAAAGGCGUGUCAGUGUUGAGUCUGAGCAUGCAGCACUUUAUCGCAGGCCUCAUCACAACGCUCACCUUUACCUGCAUGAUGCACUGCACACAGAGAGCUGAGGAGAGCAUCCAGGUUUAUCAUCCAAACGAGAUCACAUGGGAUUACCUUUCACAGGCGACUCACUACAGCUUCUUGGCCACCCUGGAGGUGUUAGGGAAACUGUGUUUCAGCACCCUAGCUGGAGCCAUAGUGGACACUGUGGGCUUCCCUAUCGCCUUCCUCCUCUUCCUCUUCCUCACCUCCAGCAGCGCCCUGCACGUGUGGAGAGCCAUGGACAUGGGAGUUUUGAAGGAACAGCUCAAAGAACAGCCACAGUAAAUCAAGGACAGGAGGAGACUGUGGUGUGUGUGUGGUUGCAUAAAUGUGGCUAAAAGAACAAAUGAGAAGGAUUGGCAAGGUAAAAAAAAAAAAUUCCUGUGUUUUCUGCUUGAAAUGCUGGACUACUAACUUGAACCAAACAUUCUACUGUGUGUGUAUAUAUAUACUGGAUGCAUAUUAUAAUUAAGUGAUUAUAGAAAGGUGUCGAUGGAGCAGAAUUUCUGGCAUGGUCCAAGGAUCCAAUAACAGUUAAGACCUUGUUUAUACAUGUAUCCUGGAUAUCAGGAUCUGUAUCUGGAUUGAGAUUAUCCACAUGUGGAUGAAAGAGUUAAUUUUAGGUGACUGGUGUCCUGCAGAACCUGAGCAAAAAUAAGUCCAGAGAGUAGCCACCUCAGAUCUGAAGCACAUGGGCCAAACCCAUGUGCAAUUUAAAUGAACCCAAUAAAAAAAAAUCAAACUUUUUUUUUUUAUAAAGUUUCAUGCUGUUAGAUAUGAAGCUUGUCAGACAUUUUCAUUAACACGGGAGUAUGAUGCGGUGCUGCAUGAUUCAUUCAUUCAUUUUCAAUAAAUGCUUUAUCCUGAGAAUGUAGUUUAAAUUACAAGCAGCAACAAUAACUAAGUUAAUCAGAAAAUAUCACAAGUAAGUAAAACCCCUAUAUAAUAAUAACUGCAGGAGAGGGCUGGAUUCAAUCAAAGUCCCUUCCACGCCAGCAUCUGGUCUUCACAGGCAGUCUCCUGUCCCAGUACUAACCAGCUCUUUGAGGCGUGUAGUGUCAAUGGGUGUGGUGCCGAUCUCCAUUUCUAUAGCCCUUAGCCUCUCACCUAUAUAGCUAGGGUUACAGUGGGGGGGCUAGUCCCCUGGUAACCACAAGAGUUUGACUCCCUAGUCACAUUUGUAUCGCAGCAUGUCUUGCCAGAUGGAAGUCGGUACCAUUUUUAUGAUGGUCUUUGGUAUGACCGGACCAUGAGUAGAGCUCGCGAUCUCCAGAUCCAGAGGUGGACAUGCUAACCACUAGGCCAACUUGCAAGGGCUGGAUUGGGAUAAAUAAAUCAAAAACACUUCUUGUCAGAGAUGCAUUUCAGCCAUGUUAUGUCACAUGGAAUUGCAUCUGUCUCUCCAAGCCACAUUUACCAACUAAAAUGGACCUGCGAUAGAAAUGAGGUUCUUGGUGCUUUUACGAUGUUAGCGAGUUUAUACACAGCACAAAAAAACAAUCAUGUAAUACAGCUCGCGGAUAUCGGAUCAGUCUGGUCAGGUGGAGAUGCACUUGAUUACAGGUGUCGUUACAAUCUUAUCAGGAUACAAGAUGCAUGAAAAGUCCAGGUGGAAACAGGUUCGAAAGCUUGCGCGGCAGCCAGGUAUUGUGAGAAACUGCAGCUCAUCCUAGUGGAUCGUCCCAACAUGCUUUUCAGCAGUCAGGAAAUCCAGGCCUCAAUAAGGCAAUAAAACUGAGCCAUCACUGAGAGCAUGUCGGUAGGUUUGCCAAAAAAAAAAAAAGAGUAGUAACCUGUAUUUUACUCACAAUUAAAAACAACUUCCUAUUAUUUAUUUCAAAUGUAUAUUACAGGAAGUAGGUCUCUAGUAACUGACAUGUAAUGAAAACACAGUAGAUGUACAUGAUUAUGAUAUAGAAUUAUAUCUAGUGGUCUUUAAAAUACUGUUUUUUUUCCCUUAAUAACACCAAAGCUUACUACACUUCCCUGCCAAAAAAAAAGUUGCGCACUAAUAUUUGAUUGGACCGCCUUUAGCUUUGAUUACAGCAUACAUUCAGCAUGGCAUUGUUCGAUAAACUUAUGCAAUGUCACAACAUUUAUUUCAGUCCAGAGUUGUAUAAAUUUUUCACCGAGAUCUUGUGUUGAGGAUGGGAGAGUCGAACCACUGCAUAAAGUCUUCUCCAGCAUCCCAAAGAUUCUCAAUGGGGUUAAGGUCAGGACUCUGUGGUGGGUAAUUCAUGUGUGAAAAUGAUUCCUUAUGCUUCCUGAACCACUCUUUCAUAAUCUGAGCCCUAAUUUUAUGCCUGUGCCAUCAGGGAAGAAAAAAUCCAUUGAUGUGAUGAGAUGAUAACCUGGUCAUUCAAGUCAUCAGCGGACUUCAUUUUACUGCCCCAUAACAUUGCUGAGCCUUGACCUGACCAACUGAAGCAACCCCAGAUCAUAACACUGUCUCCAGAGGCUUGUACAGUGGCCACUAUGCAUGAUGGGUGCAUUGCUUCAUGAGCUUCCCUUCUUACCCUGACACACCUGUCAAUCUGGACAUGACCUUUUCCAUUGCUCCAGAGUCCAAUCUUUAUGCUUUCGAGCAAAAUUUAAGCCUUUUCUCCUGAUCAGUCUCACUAACAAGUGGUUUUCUUAUAGACACACAGCUGUUUAGUCCCAAUCCUGUGAGUUCUCAUCACAUUGUGAGUGUGGAUAUGCUCUUAAUUUCACUAUUAAACAUAGUCGUGAGUUCUACUGUCAAUUUUAUUACGAAUCGACUUCACCAAGCAUUUAAGUGAUCUCUGAUCAUGGUCAGUCAGGAUCAUUUUCCAACCAUGUUUUUUCCAUGAAGUUGACAGUUCACUGCUAUCCUUCCAAGUUUUAAUAAUGCUUUAGACAGUUUGUAACCAAAUUCCAGUCAUUUCAACAAUCUCCUUCGUUGUUUUCUUUGCUUGAUCCAGGCCAAUAAUGUCACCCUUCUGGAACACAGUAGCAUCUUUUCCACGAGUACGGGAUACACCUUCCAAUAUUGUUUGUUUAAGAAAUGAGAAGCUACUCACUGCAUCAGUUCGGGUUAAAAGAAUUGUUGCAGCUGAAACGUAUUAAUCCCUGCAGUAAUUAUCCAAUCAAAUGCUCUUAAGUAUUUGCUUAUUUAAAUCUAAAUGGCACUUUUUUUUUUUUUUUUUUGGCCGGGCAGUGUAUAUUACGGUAGCUGUAUCUGAGCAAAGAGAAUGUGUAAAUUUAAUUAUGGUUUUUUGUUUGUUUGUUUUUAGAAAUCAUUUAUUUUUGGCAUUGUUUAAAAAAAAAAAGAAAGAGAAGGAAAAUACUUAAUAGCUAAUCAUUAGUAUGACACAUUUCAAACAUCAGAUUAUUAUUAUUAUUAUUAUUAUUUUAUUUUUUCUUUAUUAUUAUCUCGUCUUUUAGCAGACAUGGAUGUAAAAUACUGUAAAUCUAAAUGAUUGGAUAUUUUUGAAGCACACCAAUUUAUAUCAAUUUCUUUGUCUGGAACGUCACUUGAGUGCUUUACAUUCCCUAUGCAACAGUGCAAUAAGGUUUUUACUGAACUGAUCUGGGGCGGGUUUUCCAAAAGCCUCUUAAUGCUAAGAGCUUCUUAACUAGGAGAGCGUGUAUUCAUUGUGAUGCUUGCUCUACUAUUUAACAAUGAUCUUUGUGCUAUGAUGCUUUUGGGAAACCUACCCCUGUUUGUCUAAUAUUUUUGAUCACGCGUAUUUGACUACAAAUUGUGAAGGUCCAGCUACAUAAAAUUUCUUGUUUACAAAAGAUCCGGAUAUGCAGCCAACAUAGAUGAAUGGCAGCAACAUUUUCAUCAAGGGUUUUUUUUUGUGUGUGUAAACAAGCCAUGGUGUCACUUAACUCUUCAGACCAGAGAAGGUAAAUGGAGAGAGAAAAAAAUAGCUACUGUACUUUCAGUUAAAUAAUUUACAUAAAUGCACGACAUUGGCUAUAAAAAGCCGCACCAGAGCAUCUGUUAGAGUAUUUUUCAUUUCUCAUGCUUGGUUCAAUUCACUAUAAGCACAUUGCUGGGACUGCAGUCUGGACUGGUUGCCAAAUGACAACCAUGACUAUAGAUUUUGUUUUUAAUUUAUUUUGCAGCAAAAAAAAAAAUUGCAUUAAUGUAUCAAGAAAAGUAGCCAGUAGUUGUAUACAGUACCGUUCAAAAGUUUGGACACCCCUACUCUAGUCAUUCAUAGGUUUUUCUAUAUGUUGUAUUUUCUACAUUGUAGAGCAAUACUGAGACAUCAAAACUAUGAAAUAGCACAUGGAACAUAUAUGGAGCUAUGCGGUAAACAAAAAAAGUAUUAAAAUGUUUCAUAUUUUAGAUUCUUCAAAGUCACCACUGUUUACCUUGAUGACGCUUUGCACACUGUUGGCAUUAUCUUAACCAGCUUCAUGAGGUCAUUACCUGGAACGCUUCUUAAUGUGUUUAAGAUCAAACAGCAAAUAAUAAAUAAUACAAAUACAGUAAAUAUCCCUAUUCCACACCACAACUGUCGUAAUCCAUAUUAUGUCAAGAACCACUCAACUAAAUAAAGAGAAACGACAUCCAUCAUUACUUUAAGACAUGAAGUGUAUUUUAAUAAAGAAAAAUAAAGAAAAAAACAUUAAAUUAGAAGCUGUGUCCAAACUUUUGGCUGGUACUGUGUUUAAAGCCAACACUAAAAGGAAAUUCCAAGGGGAGUGUGCAAGUAUGAGACAUACAGUAUGAAACACAGUAGCAGCAUUUAAGACAUAAGGCGGUAUGAAGCAAGAAUAUUAGGUGCUACAUUUUCUUAUUGUUUAUUAAUUUUUCUAUUGCAAUCACUGUAGAGCCAUCACCAGAAUGCACAGUGUUUGAUAUACAGUACCAGCAUCACCUUGCACAAAACCUAUAAAUAAAAACCUGCUACUGGA